AUGGCUGGUGCUAAGAAGGUCAGUGAGAAGAAUCUGUUGGACCGCAUCCGCGCCUUCCAGCGCAGCGACAAAGCCAACAAGAAAUGCGCUGAUUGCACGGAGGUCGGACCAACGUAUGUGUGUCUUUCCUUUGCGACUUUCGUGUGCACUACGUGCGGCGGACUUCACCGCGAGUUCAGCCACAAAGUGAAGGGCAUCUCCGUUUCCAAAUGGACCGUGGAAGAAGUGGAAGACAUCGAACGCGGUGGAAAUGCGAAAGACGCUGACAAGUUCCUGGCUAGCUGGGAUCCUCGUGACUUCCAAGAGCCGGAUAGCACCGAUCAAGCCAAGUGCCGGGACUUCAUCAAAAUGAAGUACAUAGAAAAGCGCUGGGUUGCUAGGAAUGGGGAUCGUCAUGAAAGAGAUCGCUUCGAGCAGCCUCGUGACCGCGACAGUGCAGGCGGCGACCGGAGCACCAGAGAAAGAGACGACGGCAGAGACAGACGUGCCGGCGACCACUCGGAUUCGCGAGGAGAUCGCCAGCAGGAGCGCCGAAGAUCUCAUGACGAUCCUCGAGACGCGGAUGACCAUCGAGAUCGGGGUCACAACGGUCACGGAGGCAGAGAUCGUGAUCGGGACUGGGAUCCCAGCAAGGAUCACGACAGGCACAGGAACAGGGACUUUGACCGUCCAGCUGAUGGCUACAGGGAUCGAGAUCGGGAUCGUGAUAGGGAUCGCGACCGAGAUCGCGACAGGGAUCGCGACAGGGAUCGCGACAGAGAUCGCGACAGAGACUGGGACAGGGAUCGCGACAGGGAUCGUGACAGGGAUUGGGAUAGGGAUCGCGACAGGGACCGUGACAGGGAUCGCGAAAGGGAUCGCGAAAGGGAUCGCGACAAGGAUCGCGAUAGAGAUCGGGAAAGGGACAACGAGAGGUACAGGGACAAGGAGGAGACUGGCCGAAGUCGUCGGGAUCCUGACUGGAACGACGAUGAGCGUUCGUCUCGGAGAGAUGGUGACAGACAUUCGGAUCGUUGGGACCGCUACGACCGAGAUGCCGACAGGCGGGAAGAUCGCCGAGAUCGGGAUCACAGGCGGUCAGACGACAGAGAUGUGAGAGAAGACGACCGCAGAGGAAGCCGCGAAAGAUUCGAAGAUGAUGAUGAUCGUCGGCAUAGUGCUGGACGGGACCCGGGACGGAACCAGAGGAGUGACAACGAUUUCUUUCCCGAUGGAGCGCAGGCGCCACAAGCCGCCCAGAGUGGGGCAGGAGAGCAAUCGAGCGCAGACUGGGGUGACUUCUCGAGCGCAGGAGCACAAGGCGGUGCGCCGACAAACCCUCCGGCUUCGGGCGGAUUGCUGGACCUGGACCUUGACUUCACCCAGGCUCCCCCCCCUGCUGCUGCUCAGCAGGCUCCUCAAGCUGCACCUGCGCCUGUUAGCCAAGCUCCGCAAGAAGUGCAGCCGGUGGCCACUACUGCUCGAUAUUCUGCGUUCGAUGAUCUUUGUGAUCCUCCGAGCUCAGCCGCUGUCCAGGGUGGCCAUCCCCCGGCGGUGCCUAUGCAGCCCAUGGCGAUGCAGAUGGGAGUGCAGCCCGGCGUCCCGGGACAAAUGUCGCAGAUGCCGCAGAUGCCGCAGAUGCCGAUGUUGACCCCGCAGCAGAUGCAGCAGAUGAGCCCGGAACAGCUCAUGCAGUGGCAAAUGACGAUGCAGAAUCAGAUGCAGAUGAUGAUGCAAAUCAUGCAGAGCAAGCAGGGCGGCAAUGUUGGUCAAAUGCCAAUGCCUGUGCCUGGCCAAGGUGCUGCCGCUCCAGCUGCGCAAUUCAAUGCUGCAGGUUGUGGAGGCGGUUGCAGCGCGGAUCCAGCAGCUCAGGCCAAUGCGGCUCCGGCUGAAUCUUCAAACCCCUUCGGCCUUUUCUGA